UGUUGGGAGGAGUGACAGCGCACGGCCGCUGACAAAUCAGUUAUUUCGCGAUGGGAUCACCUUUUCCCACAAACGCGAAGGAAUACAUACAAUGGGUAUUUUCACCUCACAUAGGUGUAUUUUGUGACGAAGAUUCUGAAAGUUCUUGUCUCCGUAAUAAUCUCAAAUUCGUUGAUCUUAUCCAACCUUUUUGCCAGUUACCCGAUGAAGUUGGCAUCAGUGACCCUAACCGCACCUUGAUCACACUACAAAAUUUACGGCUGGUUUUACAAGACAUCAAUGUGAAACCACCUGCACCUGCUGUUGCCAAAAAGAUACUGAGUCAUGUUGUUAGUGUAAAUGCUACUCCUCCAAGUGAAGAAGCUUCAUUUUCUGAUCUGAGUUGUCCCUGGUAUGAGAAGUGGAGAGAGACAUUUCAUCAGCUUCAACAUCCCUUUGAUCAUGAGUUUACCAAGCAUCUACUAGCCUGCAUUUUUGUGGUGUCUUCCAGUCAUGGCAGCAAUGCUAGUGAAGAGGUGCAGAAAUUAACACAGCAACAACACCAACAACAACAUCAACCUCACCAACAUGGUGCCAGCAAAUUUCCCAAAUGGUUCUCUCCGAACAUCUUGAAGUAUUAUCUGGUACUGCAUGAUGUCUCCACCACAACUAAAGAGAUUGGAGAUGCAGCCUAUCAAUCAGUAAACGCUCUAUGUGGCAACUCAGGCUGUCACAUUCUGAGUAUCAACAGUGGUCGACCACCAGACUGCUCUAAUCUCCCUGCUUUCUGGACGCCCCACACACUUAUUCACACAAGCCUGCCAGGCAACAACAGCAGUGUCACUGGGUCAGAGUGCAGCUCCAGCCCUGCAAGUCCCUGUGAUGACUAUUCCUUGGGUUCACCAUCUUCUGUGGAGGGUGCAAACUCUCCCCCACAGGGCAGCACUCCUCCUCCCAGCGACUCAGAUUACCUCACCAGCAAUCUUGUUCAGUCACUGCCCUCACCAGACCAUCCCCUUUCACCUACUCUUCCAAACAUUGCGGACAAUGAAGGGGCUGAAGAACUUGUGGUCAAUGUUGGGGAUCUUUUUCCUACGGCUGGUCGAGGAGUAGAGUGGGGCUGCUGCCUCACUGUUGGGGACGUGGACAACAUCAGACAGUUUAUAGGGAGCUUCGUGAGAGGAGCUCUGGUUCCUUAUGUUGAGCGCCAGGUUCGGCAUUUAACAGAGGUUGUCACGAACCGUUCGCGCAGCAAAAGUUUGCUCAGCGCCACGCGCCGUUGGCUUGGCGGUUCCAAAAACCCAAACGCCAGCACCGGUACCAACGUGCUCUAUUCUAGUGAGGCAUCAGAACUGCAGACACGCAGACUAGCAGACCUUGCCUUCAUGUUUCGCAUGUACGACAUAGCCUACAACAAUUAUCACACGGCCAAGAAUGACUUCAAGAAUGAUCAAGCUUGGCUUUACUUUGCCGGGGCUCAGGAAAUGGCUGCACUCUCGCUCUUCUUGCAGAAUGGAAGCGAAUUUCCAAAACGAUAUUUAGAGACUACGUGGGAGACGCUGUCCACCGCGUGUAAAGCCACCAACCUUGGUAUACGCCUACUGCUGGUAGCAUGCGAGGUUCUGAAGCACAACAGACAGUACAGCGAGGCCGCCAUGUAUUACAUAAAGCUCACUUCGGAAGACAGUGAUCUGCUGUCAGCAUUGAUGCUUGAGCAAGCAGCUUCCUGCUUCCUCAAGUCUGGCCUCGUCAACAAGCCUGGGCACCGACGCAAAUUUGCCUUCCACAUGACGCUUGCUGGCCAUCGCUACAGCAAGGCUGGGCAGAAGCUCCUCUCUCUCAGGGCUAACGUGCUUGCCAGCAAGGUAUAUGGCGUGAAUGGCUUGGUGCUGGCAGAAGACCACAUCCUGUACAGCGUUGGCAAAUUCAGCACACAACUCAAGAGUUACGGCCCUGCACUUGCUGCCUACACUCAACUCAUUGAUGCUCGCAGCCGCCUCAAUGCUCCUAGCAAGCAAUCUGUAAAUCAGCAACUGGCUUACUUAAGAGAGUUCCUUUCUCUUUACAGACUUGUUGAAAGUAAUCGCGAUGGUAAUCAACUCUCACGGCCAGAAUCUGUGUCGGUAUCAGCUGACGAACCGCUAAAAAAUAAUUCCUUGCCUGAGCUACCAGACCUGCCUGUGCCUUGGUUGUGUGCACAAGAGUCGACGCUUUUAAUGGACUCAUCUGUACCUUUCAAUCUCGCGCAAAAUGAUCCUGCUGUUAGUCAUGCAUCAGGUAUCACCUUCGCAAACUAUAACCGAGAACAUUCUCACAAAUGGGCUGGUUUGGAAAGAAUCACUUUGGAAAAGACUCAAGGCAUGAUGUUCCGUCCUCCUCCUCCCCAGUUCUUAAAUGAACACACUGACAACACACGGACUCCCCUAUUAUCUUUGAAUGAACCGUGUUGGCUGCAACUGCCCGUGAGAAAUCCUCUCCUUGUAAGCUUUGCUAUACGCGAUACGAAACUUUUGUACAAAUUCUUACCUGAUGACCAAGACUCUAGUGGUUUUGACUCUAAGCUGUCUGUAGUCCAGUCCUCGUCUGAAGAGAACAUCGUUCUAGGUCCUGGUGAAAGCCGUAACCUCGUUUUCCAGAUCACAUCUUCGCAGUUGGGUCGAAUCGUAAUAGAAGGACUCGAGUACAAAUUGAGCCUCACUUCUGAAAAUACUUACAGUGACGACAAUUCGUCGUCACUGACUGCUAUUACAGGGAAACAAUGUUUUUCUGUCAAAGGACCGAGGCUCAAUAAUACCUUGAAGAAUCGCAGCAGCGUCCUAUAUGCUUCAGACCAUCGACUAGAGAUCAGCGUAGUGUCGCCCUUGCCUAAAGUUCGAGUGCAAUUCAGAGGUCUUCCCGAGAGAUUAAUGUGUGGCCAAUUAACUCGAGCAGAUAUUUCUUUAGAAAAUAUCGGAAGUUUGCCUAUCACAGGUUUGUACAUAGCUUCAUCUGACCCUCAACACUCAUUCUCAGUGUUUCGAAAGUCUCAUGAGCAACCAGCGCAUGAUUCUUCAGACAAAACGGCCUCCAGUGAGUCUUCCAUUGCAAGAAAACAAAUUAAAGACAGUUUUACCUGUUCUAGAGUGCAGGAAAUUAAUUUAAACGAUGCUAGUCCUCCAGAGUUGCCAGUUAACGGUGUCGUGAAAGGCACUUUGUGGAUCCGAGGUCAGAUGUCACCUGGCACUCAGGAUUUGAUGUUGCUGUUCUACUGCCACUCGCCCAACGCCGACGCCAAAGUCAAGUACAGAUUUCUACGUCAUCACAGCAGCUUUGCUGUCGAAACCAGCAUGGCAGUGGCUGUCCAGUCUUCCUCGAGCGUCUCUAUUCCCUUGGUGCUAUCGUCGCCAGUGCCCUCGUCAAGUGCUGCUGCUCAAGUUCCAUUGGAAACGAGACCUCCUGCUAGCGAAUGCAGUUCAUGGGUUGAAGUUUAUCAUUCCGACGUUGGCAACCUAGCGAACAUUUCGGUGGAAGUGACGAAUGCUGCCAUCACUGAGCCGGAUGAUGUUCGUCGCAAGUUACAGGUCACGGCGAUAACCUGUCAUAGUUCUAAAUGGAAGCUUAAAUCUUUUGGCAAUAGAAGCCUCUGUGAAGACUUUAGCUUACUCCCAGGUGAAAGCGUUAGGACAAUGGUACAGUCAUAUUCCUCGAGUGACUCCUCCAUGUUAUCUAUGGAAGCCAACAAUUUAUUUUCUGUGAUCCCAUUUAGUGCUGAUCCUCAAGACCAGACGACGGUAUCUUGGUUACCUGACGACGAGUGGCUAGAAGUUAGUGGAAGUUUUGCUUUGCGGCACCUAGUGGAACUGCCUCCACUGACAGCAGAGCCUCCACCAGUCUGUCCAAAUGCGGACUGUGCUGCUGCAGUUUUGCACCCUGCACUUGAGCAGUACAACAGCCUUAGGCGUUCUAGUGACCUGCAUCUCGUGCUUACCGUACACUGGGCUCAGCACCAUGACAGUAGUUCAGUCGUCAGAGGACAGCACAGUGUUGUGUUGACGAGUAUUGGUUGUGAGGCCAGCGUUCCAGAAAAAGGCGCUCCUGUUGUAGAUCCUUUUUCUUCGUUACCUCUUGCCUUAGCUGAAGAGGAACCUCUACCUCCUGUCCAGAUCAUCCCUGCGGCUCCAAUUGAGUUGCCGCAAAUACCUUCUGACUUCGCCAAAUCGGUUGGGAUCGACCUCAACGCUAAUGCUGGGUCAUUUCUCAAGCUGCCGUCCACGGGCCUGACGGUGAGGCAGGCGACGUCUCUGUACGUGAAGGGUGAGGUGGAUGUGACGGCAGACCUCACCGCUGAGCAGCUCGACGCGUGCGUCAAAGUGCGCGCUCUGUGUGCGCCCUGCGUCACCCACGACUUCUCGACCAAAAAACUAAGCCCUGUGAAUUUCACGGUGCUUGUGCACAACACAACUGACAUCGAUCUCGCCUGUGUCUUUAAACUCUUCCAUCAAACAGACGCUAGCAAUCUUGUAGGAGGCACACAAGAUCCACCUCGCGCGACGAGUGCCAGCGGCACACUGCGAUAUGUGGGAACGGUGACACGCAAGCUGAAGCUACCACCUUCGUCGCAGUGCAGAGUUCCAUGUCAAGCCGUAGUGGUCUCCGCGGGGGCUCAUUCUCUGGGCGCUGUCCUGCUCCAACUCAAAACUAACGAUGGCAUCAAACUUGUCAAACGCGUCGAACUGGACGCUACGGUUGUGGUAACCGAUGGUAGAUAACUAAACUAUGAUUUCUUAAGUGAAAUUAUUCUAAGUGCAUGCUGAAAUGCGAGUACAUCUAAGUCUGAAACUGGCUUCAAGUGUGUGAAGUUGGUUGCGUUUUGGCCACAGUCAGGGCCACUGUAAGUGAUAGGUGAGAACCAUCCAAAGCUCAUCAUUUCGCAUAAGUUAACUUCCGAUAAGAAUUUUCAUUAUUCACUUUACAGCGCUCGAACUUUUUAAGCCGUCAUAUUGCAAUAUUUUGUACUCUCAUGUAUUAAUGAUUCCUGGUACUAUUCGGAACGAAAAGAGUUCUAUUUGUCUGCGCCAAAUGCUAAAAUAAUGAAAGUACUCUCAAAGAAUUUUUAUCCUCAUCAAUUUUGAUUUUUUUUUGCAUUGAGAGUAGCUUCGUUUAUUCCUAAAUGUGGCUAGACUUUGCUCUCUUACAGUAUUGAGUCUUACUCAAAUUAAACGCUAGGACGCGCUUCAAAUUUAGUUGUUAAAUGUAAGUCAUAUUUUGUCACAACUGAUGCUGUUCGUGCGAGCAAAGCUUGCAUAAUAGAAGAUCGAGCCCUGCCUUACUGGAGAUAUUUAAAUAAAAAUUAAUAUACUCAAGAUAAUUUUUCAGACCCAUUACAUCAUUUACAAUAAUAUUACAGAAUGAUUUCUUUGCUUUGAAGUGUACUUUCUAUGUAGGCAGACCUCUGAAAUGACAUUUGUAUCUUUCUUGAAUUAGGCCCCUCAUCAGGGCGGUCCAAGAAAUGUCAGUGAAUUGCCACAGAUUGGAUUUGUCACUACUUUUUUUAUGCUUGCCAUUAUGAUGUGCAAUGUCGAUAUUACGUGUGAUGCGUUAACAUAUUGUAUAUGGAUACUUUUAUUGAUAACCCAGGUCGCAUUGAUUCUUGAAAUUGAAAUAAUCAAACCAUAUAAUGAUACCACAUACAAAUAAAGGGAAUUAUCAAGAUAGAGCUUUUUUGAGGUAUAAAAAGCGUCGAGAUUCGCAUGUUAAUAAGUCCUUAUUGUGUAUAUUAUUGCGUAUAUAGCUCAUUUUUAUUACAGUAUGCAUGAGCAGAAAUCUAGUUUAGCCUUUUGUCAGGAAAUGUUAUCAGUUUUUUCCAUUUAAACUGAAGUGUUUGCUGAACCUUCUUGUUGAACUAGGGACUUGUAGAACGCAUAAUUUUAUUACUGUACAAAGAUGAUGUGGAUGCUGGAGUACGCGACCGAUUUUUAUUCAAAUGUCGAUUUUUUUCAUUGAUUAAACUCUGAAAUGAUCAUGUUUGAAGAUUAAACAUCCAGGUUAACAAAUGGGGAUAAAGUCUUGUUGAUUCUAGCACAUUUCUCUUGUAGAAUAUUCCAUUAGUAAUAAAUAAACUCUGAUUUUUUAUAGAGUUCCAGAGGUAAACAUGAUUUAUGCUUAGGUAAUUUCUAUAUUAUUUUGCAGUUAUGAAAGUCUGCAGCGUUCUUAAUAGUCGUUGAUGAUCUAGUUUAUCGGCGAAUUUCCCAGCACUAGCUCGGCGGGUAUAAUAUUUAUUAUUUGAUAUUGACUCAUCAUAUGAUCUUGUCUGUAAUUUUAUGUGUGUAUGCCUGUAUUUUUUACCAGUUUCCACUGUAGCUCUUUGAUACGAGGCAGCAAUUCUUUUGCUGUGUGAACUGGAGGGCUUCUUCUUUAACUCCAUCAUAUAUGUACCGUUUAAUUAUUUAUGUGAUUUUUUACGUUUUUAUUUAAUUUACGAGUUAUUUUCUAUGAAUAUUCUACAAUAGUGACAAGUUUUACAGGACUAUUCUAACUAGUUCCUGGUAUUGUUCGAUGAGAGUGAUAUCUUCUAGUGCCAUCUGCACCUAACGUUGCUCCUGCCAACUUAGCAACUCGAAACGCUGCGUUGCUACUAACACAGUUUCGACUCCUCGGAGCUUUGAACAUCAUCAUCAAUGAGUUGAGUUUAUUCAGGUUGAAAGUUAAACAGUAGAGAAAAUUCGGCAGUAAAUUAUUUGGUCAACGGCUGACGCCAGUGUCGCUGGCAUACGCGUGCACUGACGAAUUUGGGAUGACUUUCACGAAUGCCCUGAUGUUGAUGCAGCGACAAAAGUUAACUCUAAUCAAAUUUAAUAUCUUGGCACAUGAUAACGUGGAUGACGCUGAUGGUAUAAGCAAAUGCUGACAUGAACGACUCAAUUUAUUUCUAGAAAUGCAGAUGAAUGACUCAAAAUACGUCGGGAAUUGAUGACAUGAAUGACACAAUAAUACUUGGGGAAAUGCUCAUAUUAAUGACACUGAAUGUAUUCGGUAAAUGCUGAAAAUUAUGACUUUAAAAUCAAGGCGAAAAUUGCCCGGCCAUAUUAUAUCAGUGCUCACUUUACAAAUCCUAGCGCUCUCACUGUGUAUCUGUACAUUUCGUAAAUAUCUUUCGGCGAUUACCUUACACCCUAGCACACUUAUUGCCUCUGGUAUUUUGACCUGAAAAGACAUCUUGAGGUCUAUACGAUUAACUAUGAUAAUAUUGUUAGUGGGAUAUGGUAGCUCCUGUGAUCGUCUUGUACUACUAAGUUACUGUUUCCAAUUUUUCCUGUGUAUGCAAGUUCCGUUGUUUUCCUUCCUUGCUUGAUUGGAUUGUGGUAUUGUAUUAUAUUGUAACAUUGAACAAUACAUAAUAGCUGCAUUGUUUCGUAGCAUUCCAAUUGUCACUUGACUACUUCGAAGUGUCGAAUUAAAUGCUAAAUGCCUGAA